GCCCCGGCCCCCCCAGCCCGGCCCCUCCAGCCCGCCCUCCCACCCAUCCCCCCAUCUCCGCCCCCCCUUCGUGCCCUUUCUAGGCCCCCUCCCCCCGGCGGGGGGUGGGGAGCAGAGAGGGCCCCGCCCCUCGCGCCCCCUCCUCAGGGCCAGCACAGGAUGCCCCCGGCCCCUGGCAGCCCCCCGGGAGGUCCUGAGCUCGACGCGCCCCCUCUACGCCAUGUCCCCCCCUGGCUCGGCCGCGGGAGAGAGCGCCGGCGGCGGCGGCGGCGGUGGCGGCUCCGGGGUCCCAGAGGAGCCCAUGGCAGCGGCGGACGAGGGCCCCGCCCGAGAGGAGCAACGACCCAUCCAGCCCUCUUUCACCAAAUCUCUCUGCCGUGAGUCCCAUUGGAAGUGCCUCCUGCUCUCGCUGCUCAUGUACGGCUGCCUGGGGGCAGUGGCUUGGUGCCACGUCACCACAGUGACCCGCCUCACCUUCAGCAGCGCCUACCAGGGCAAUAGCCUCAUGUACCAUGACAGCCCCUGCUCCAACGGCUAUGUCUACAUCCCCCUGGCUUUCCUGCUCAUGUUGUACGCGGUCUACCUGGUGGAGUGUUGGCACUGCCAAGCCCGCCACGAGCUGCAGCACCGGGUGGAUGUGAGCAGUGUUCGGGAGCGUGUGGGCCGUAUGCAGCAGGCCACCCCCUGCAUCUGGUGGAAGGCCAUCAGCUAUCACUAUGUACGACGAACCCGGCAGGUCACCCGAUACCGCAAUGGAGAUGCCUACACUACCACCCAGGUCUACCACGAGCGUGUCAACACACACGUGGCGGAGGCCGAGUUCGACUAUGCGCGCUGUGGCGUCCGGGACGUGUCCAAGGCGCUGGUGGGGCUGGAGGGCGCGCCGGCCACGCGGCUGCGCUUCACCAAGUGCUUCAGCUUCGCCAGCGUGGAGGCGGAGAACGCCUACCUGUGCCAGCGCGCACGCUUCUUCGCCGAGAACGAGGGCUUGGACGACUACAUGGAGGCGCGAGAGGGCAUGCAUCUUAAGAACGUGGACUUCCGCGAGUUCAUGGUAGCCUUUCCCGACCCGACCCGGCCACCCUGGUAUGCCUGCUCAUCGGCCUUCUGGGCAGCAGCGCUGCUCACGCUGUCGUGGCCGCUGCGCGUGCUGGCCGAGUACCGCACGGCGUACGCGCACUACCACGUGGAGAAGCUCUUCGGCCUGGAGGGGCCAGGCUCGGCCAGCAGUGCGGGCGGUGGCCUGAGUCCCAGCGAUGAGCUGCUGCCGCCGCUCACUCAUCGCCUGCCGCGGGUCAACACGGUGGACAGCACCGAGCUCGAGUGGCACAUCCGUUCCAACCAGCAGCUGGUACCCAGCUACUCGGAAGCGGUGCUCAUGGACCUGGCCGGGCUGGGCGCGCGCUGUGGCGGGGCAGGGGGCGGUGGCUACGCGCCCACGUGUCGCUACGGCGGAGUAGGUGGCCCGGGCGCGGCGGGCGUGGCCCCGUACCGGCGAAGCUGCGAGCACUGUCAGCGAGCGGUCAGCAGCUCGUCUAUCUUCUCGCGCAGUGCGCUGAGUAUCUGCGCCAGCCCGCGGGCCGGCCAGGGGCCUGGAGCCAGUGCUGGGUGCGGGGGCAGUCGCUUCUCGCUCGGUCGCCUCUACGGCUCCCGGCGCAGCUGCCUGUGGCGCAGCCGGAGCGGGAGUGUCAACGAGGCGAGCUGUCCCACGGAGCAGACGCGGCUGUCGAGCCAGGCCAGUAUGCGGGACGACGAGGACGAGGACGACGAGGAGGAGGCCGGGCCACCGCCGCCCUACCACGACGCCCUCUACUUCCCGGUCCUUAUCGUCCAUCGUCAGGAGGGGUGUCUGGGCCACAGUCACCGACCACUGCACCGCCAUGGCUCCUGCGUGGAGACCUCACUGUGACCUCCCGCUCUUGGAGGAAGCCUGCGCCAUUCAUUCUCCCUCCUGCCCCUUGAUGUGUUGUGCGCCCUGUGCGUAGCAGGGGAAGGCAGGAUGGUGACAGAGGCCAGGCAGGGUAUGCAUGAAGGCGGGAGGUGAGGGGCACGCCCAGACAAGACUCCCGUGGGCCUGAGACUGCUUCCCUGUACACGGACAGAGGAUGGAGAGAUUGGCCGCUCUCUGAGAAUCCCACUCACCGGGGCAGAGGUGACUUGACUCUUUUUCAGUCCCCACGGAGUUCCUACGGGGACAUUUACUUUUCCACACGCACGCGAGGUCCCUCCCACCCCCAGGCUUUCAUCGAGUCUUGACUGUUACCAGGGAACUAUCAUGGCAGGCCUCAGGAAGGGCAUUUGGGUUUUUUUUAUUUUUUAAUUUUGCGUCGCACUCCCCCGCCCCCGCCAGCCCCUGGGGGCGGGGCGGUGGUUUGGUGAAGAGCGGCAGGGCCGGUUUCCAACCACCUACUGAAUGAGGCCCGCUGGCAGCCCAGUAUUCCUCUCAACACCUUGGAAAAGUUUUGACCUCUUGGCGCCGGGUGGGUGAGGCUCGGUGGUUCCUUUCUGCCGCUCCCCCCCCCCCUGGUUGUUUAUUUCACUGCGCCCCAGAGGUCCAGUCCUGGAGGGACUUUUCAUCACACCAAUGACGUCAUUCACCUGGGGGGGGAGGCUUACUGGCUCUGAAGAGCUGUUGUUAGGGUGCAGGGGGAGGAAAGUGAAGCUGGGGAGGGCACAUCUUGGCCUUUUCUGGAAAAGACCUAGCCUCCCAUCAAUCAGAAGCUUCUUCCCCUGAGUUCUCUGUAGGUGCUUCCAUUAAGGAGGCUAAGGAGGUCCGUUAAAGUUGGCCAGAGUGAGUGACCAAGUGGACUGGAGCUUGAGACACACUUUGGUGUCAAGAGAACUCAGGAGGCAGGUGGGAGAAAGAGCAGAGCUGUUAAUGGUGGAUGGAGUGAGACCAGCUCUGAAGGGGUGGCGGGGGCGUAGCGUGUCCUCUUGAAGAUGUUUAAGAAGUAGUAUGUCCCUCACACAUGCCUGGGUGCAGCUGAGUCCAUCACAAGUAGCUGGAGAGGCACUCAAUCCCAGAGGCAGGAGAUCAAUUCUUGCCAGACCCUCCACGUCCUCUUAUCCUGUGAGCUGAAGUCCUAAGUCUUCAGAAGGGCAUCAUGCCACAGCCCCAGGGCACCAGCCCCUGUCCUGUCCCUUCAAAGCUUUGACACCAACUUUGCUCUCCUACUCCCUCUGCUCCCUUAACCCCACCCCCACCCCACUGUACUUCAUCGUGCAUGUCUGUGUUUGGUCCCUUGCUCUCCCAGCUGCCCUGGCUGAAGUUUUCCAAGCAGACUUAGCACCCAGGGAUUGGGCUCACAUCCAUGCAGUCUUGCUCCCUCUGCUUCGUGCUUUGCCGUCACCAUGAGAAUUCCAUCUUCUUGGCCUCCCCUCUUCCUCCUGGCCAUGUCAGGCCUACGCCAACCAAUGGGAGUGGCCCCUACCUAUGCAACAUCUCUUCUGGCUCCCUGUCCCUUUUUCCCAGGGGGAUGUGGGAAGCCCGAGUUGUGGGGAUGCCGUGAUCUAUGGUUCAUGGUUCAGAUGGGGUUCUGAGCACUCAUACAGAGAUGGUUGGGUGAGGAGGAGGGGGUGGAGAGAGGGAGAGGUCUGGGCAGACAGAAUCAGCGUAGCUGCCCACGAGGAUUCCUGGACAGUAAUGUCCACUGGCCUACCAACACUGAACCCUCUAGGACCCCGAGUCUGAGUCUGUCCCUGUGUGGGGGUAGCUUGGCUGUUGGAGCACCCCGCUUUUGCUUGAACUAGGCAUCUGCUGAAGCACAGGUGGUAAGGGAGCUGUGGCCUUGGGCCCCAGUUCUUGGCCAGCUGGCACCUGAAUGUCUUGUUCUCAUUUAGGGUCAGCCUGGGUACUUCACAGCUCCAGGGAGGGAAGGACUUGGCUCAGUCUCUGUCACGCUGGGUCCAGAGACAGAGUUUGGCCUUGGGAGAGGAGGAGGGGAAGCCCUGUUAUUUUUUCUGCCUGACCAUUUCUGCCUAGGUCUUUUCAUACAGACAGCCUCACCUCCCACACACGCACAGACUUAGAGAGAGAGCAAUUCUUUGGUCUCUUUUCUUGGUAGCUUUAUUGAUUGCCAGGGAAAAUGAAAACCAGAAAAUUAAUUAAUCUCUAAAAUUAAACUUUACACUGAAUGUUCUUGUUUCUCUAAUUAGAACCUCUGCUAGCAGCUGUGGCUACACACACAGACACACACACACACCCUCACACCUACAUGUUUGCACUCUGGAACUGUCAAGAGGGUGUCAGGCGCAGAUGGCUCUAGGUUGCCCGGACAGGCACACACAUGGUCACUCCCAAGUCCCCUCUGGUGCUCUGCUCCGUGUCUGCUUGUUGCAAAGAGUCCCUGGAGCGCUGGCCCUCCUGGAUUGCAGCUGCAGUUCAGUCAGCCGUCCUUUGGCGAGGUGGGUUCUGGGCCACUCAGUUCGAGGAGAGUUGGGAGAUAAGGGCCUUGGCCUGAAUGGGUCGAUCAGAUCCUCUCACGGACCCAUAGGCUGAUGUGGUUCCUACGGGUGUAGCCCUAGGGUGGGCAGUGCCAGAGAGACAGGGACUCGUGGAGGGUACCUGGAAGACUGUAUGUCCUGAGGAUAAAGGCUUGUGGGGUGGGCUGGGCCUGGCUCGGGAGAAGACAGAAGAGUUCUGUCAAACUGGGUGCAUCACACUGUGGCCUUUUUGUCAUGGAAUUCCAAGCGUAAAGAUUGUACAAAUCACACUGGUGGAUAAUAAAAGUG